AUGUUGAAACGAUGGCUGCUUGUCCGGGUGGCCCCGGUGGCAAUGGGCGUCUGCUGCUGUGCGGUUCUGCUCUACCUGCUGGCCUGCAGACCCACAGCGAGGGACCCCCAGCAAGAAGGUUUCAUGGCGCUGCUCCAGGAGAGAGAGGACUCGCAUAAACAUUACACUGACAGCCUAGAAAAGCAGAUAGCGGAGCUGAAGGAGGCUCUCCAGGAGAUGACACUGCAAUUGAAGGAGUCACAGGACAGAGCCAAAACUAAAAGGAUUCUGCCUCUGGGCCCGGAGAGCAUAAACAAAAAUCCCACAACAUCUGAACUCGAGGAGUUCUUCCGCUUACAGCUGAACCAUACAGAGAUUAACUCGGGAGUGUCUCUACCUAAUGAAUAUGUUGUGAUUCCAUUUGACACUUUUACCCUGAAAAGAGUGUACCAUCUAGAGACAGGCCUGACCAGACAACCUGAGGAGAGCCCUGUUAGGAAGGACCAUCGGAAUGAGCUAACAGACAGUGUGGAGGCAGCCUUGCACAUACUCAAUGGACCUCAGCAUCACUUGGUCAGCAGCAGAAGGAAACGCACCUUCUCUCCAGCAGACUUGAUUGAAGGGCUGACCCGCACCGAGCGCACCAGGGGUACCGUAUACGAAUUGAUUUUCAAAGGCCACGGGCUGCAGCACUACGUCAAGACGAUGCUCUUCAGGCCAUUUGGACCCUUGGUUAAGGUGAAAAGCACACAGGUGGACACACGCAGCAUACUUGUCAACAUCAUCGUUCCGCUUUCCAAGAGGGUUAACACCUUCCGCCAGUUUAUCCGUAACUUCAGAGAAGUGUGCAUCCAGGGGGAUGACAGGGUCCACCUGACGGUGGUCUACUUUGGACACGAGCAGUUUGACCAAGUGAAAGCCACGCUGGUUGAGACAACCAGGGAGACCCACUUCAGGAACAUCACACUGAUCCAGCUCGAUGAGGAUUUCUCAAGCGGCCGUGGUUUGGAAGUGGGUGCCAAAGCCUGGCGGCAAAGCCAAGACAUACUGAUGUUUUUCUGUGACGUCGACGUCAUCUUCACAUCCGAUUUCUUGACUUCCUGUCGCGUCAAUGCCGAGUCUGGUAAAAAAGUGUACUACCCAAUCCUCUUCAGCCAGUACAACCCAUCUGUCAUCUAUAGAAACUACACUCAUGUACCAUCAAUUCAGCAACAACUGAUCAUAGGAAAAGAUACAGGUUUCUGGAGAGUGUUUGGCUAUGGUAUGACAUGCCAGUACAGGUCGGAUUUCCUCAACAUAGGUGGCUUUGAUCAAAACAUUAAAGGCUGGGGGAUGGAGGACGUGCUCCUGUACAGGAAACACGUGCACAGCAAGCUGAUGGUAGUGCGCGCUUCAUCGCGCAGCAUUUUUCACAUGUGGCACGAGAAGGUGUGCAGUGGUGAUCUGCCUGCAGACAGGUACCAGAUGUGUAUGAGGUCGAAGGCCAUGACUGAGGCCUCGCACGGCCAGCUGGGGGAGCUACUCUUUAAAGCGGACAUCCAGGCGCACUUCGAGAGGAACAGAAAAAGCUCAUGA